AUGGCCAGCUUUCCGCAGGACUCGUUGCUGUUUCGGUCGAAACUGUCCACGUUCAAGCUGGAUAAGUCGGAAAAAGACGUUGGCGAUGUGUCGGAGACAACGCUCUGCAACGACUCAGGGAUUGUAGAAGAGGGAGAGAAGAAUGUUUUUCUUGACCGUGCUCCUCCGAAGACAAGAUUUGCUCCAGAAAUGCCAUCUAAGCCACAUAAAAGAAGAAAAUGCUCCGAAACACAGCCUCCCAUCGAUUACCUACUGUCCACAAUAUCGCAUCUGAACACGGCUACGGAGAAAAACGACUCCGAGCUCAGACAGACGGAGGCCAAACUAGCGGAGGCAAACGGAAGACUGGCAGUACACAAGCGGCUGGCUGCCUCCUUUAAGGAGAGGCUGAAGUCGUUGGAGUCAGACCUCGUUGUCUCGCGGAAAGAGCUGCUGCAGGGAAAAAAGAAAUGUACGGACUUGAGCAGAACCACUUUCGAGGUGCUGAAGGAGUCCAGAGAGCUCAAGAGGACCGCCCAGGACACCAGGGAACAGCUACAGCUGCACAUGAGGAGGUUUGAAUGGCUCAAAACUAGACAUAUGGACACACAGUGUAUGGUGACGAAACAGGAGAUAGAGAUGACUUCUUUGCGAAUGAGGCUUGACGACGCUCUUUCAAGGCUGGAGGAAGAGCGCGCAAGAAAUGCCAACCUGAUGAAAGUAAUGGGAAAUAGGGCAAGUGCAGUUGUUGCGACAGAUAAGCUGGAGCAAGAAGUUCACCAAAUAUAUACAAUUGGAGCCAAGUUCGAGCAGGGUCUGAUAGCCGUCUCACGGAAGAUGUCUGAGCAGAUGCGUCGAUUGGCAGAGAAGUCAGAGAAAAUCCCUGCAAAGCUCGAGGAUAUUGAGAGGACGCUAAAUUCUGUCCAGGAAGCGCAGCAACUCUCCGGAGACCAGGCUCUGCUCGAUUUCAGGCAGGCCAAGCGAGAGGUGGAGUAUCAGUCACUGAUGGAGGAUUAUAACCGACUAAAUGCGGAGCAUGCAGACUUUGAGAAGCGACACAACGACAAGUUAGAGGAAAUCGAGACAUUGAAGCAGACCGUGGCGUCCCAAGCCGAGCAGCUGGCAUCUCUAGGGAUGGAAACAGCAAAGCUGGAUACCAAGGACAUGCCGGAAAAGCCGAAAGUCCUCCGCAAAAGGAAGCGCGGCAGACCAAAAACGUCACAUCUCCUCCACUAG